AAAAUUGGAGCACCUAUAAAAUAUGAGGGAAAAAUAAUUAUUUCUUUGUGUAAAAGUUAAAACCGUGCUUCUAGAGUCUUCUGUUCAUUGUCAGCAGCAAGACAGAAUGAAUGGAUCUCUGAAGCUGAUUUCAUUUGAUGAUGUGGCUGUGGACUUCACCUGGAAGGAGUGGCAGCAUCUGGAUCCUGGUCAGAGGACCCUUCAUAGAGAUGUAAUGCUGGAGACCUAUAGCAACCUCAUGUCCUUGGGGCACUGUGUACCUAAACCAGAAUUGAUUGUGAGGCUGGAACAAGGUUCAGAACCAUGGAUAAGAGAAGCCUCAGACGAGAAUUUCACAAAUGUUCCACAAAUGGAAGAUGUGAUUAACACCUGCCAGGAAAGUCACAAUAAAUAUCUCUCUGAAGUAGCAGUCAUGAAUAGUAACCCAGGGGAGGAAAAAGUGAGACUUAUAAAAAGUUUUAAUUUGAGCUCAAAACAGAAGUCAGAACUGAUUAAGUAUAAUGGGAACUCCUUAGGAAUGAGGACAGAAAAGGUCACUGGGAGUCAGAACAUGAGUGUUUUCAGUGAAACUGGUAAGGUGUAUGCUGUAUAUAGUCCUCAUUUCUCUUCUGUAGUUGAAGAAUAUAAACAAUGUAAAAGGCCUUUCACCGAGAAGACACACCCUAUUGUCCCUCAGAGAACAUACACAGGAGAGAAACCAUACGAAAGUAAAAUGUGUGGAAAGAUGUUCACCAGUAAGGCAUAUCUUACUGUCCACCAGAGAAGACACAAAAAUGAGAAUCUUUUUGAAUGUAACAUGUGUGAAAUGUCUUUUACCUCGAAGUCAAACCUAACUCUCCACCAGAGAACGCACACAAGAAAGAAACCUUAUGAAUGUAACAUUUGUGGAAAGUCUUUCACCUGGAAGUCAAACCUCACUAUCCACCAGAGAACACACAGAGAAGAGAAAACUUAUGAAUGUAACAUGUGUGGAAAGUCUUUCGCCAAAAAGGCAUGCCUUACUAUCCACCAGAGAACACAUACUAGAGAGAAACCUUUUGAAUGUAACAUGUGUGGUAAGUCUAUCACCCAGAAAUCAAAGCUUACUGUUCACCAGAGAACACACACAAAAGAAAAACCUUUUGAAUGUAACAUGUGUGUUAAGUCUUUCACCCAGAAGUCAGCUCUCACUGUCCAUCAGAGAAAACACACAGGAAAGAAACCUUAUGAAUGUAACAUGAGUGGAAAGUCUUUCAUCCGGAAGUCAGGGCUUACUGUCCACCAGAGAAGACACACAGGUGAGAAACCUUUUGAAUGUAACAUGUGUAAAAUGUCUUUUGCGUGGAAAUCAAGCCUUACUGUCCACCAGAGAAGACACACAGGAAAGAAACCAUAUGAAUGUAACAUGUGUGGAAAGUGUUUCACCAAGAACUCAAACCUUACUGUCCACCAGAGAACACACACAGGAGAGAAACCUUAUGAAUGUAAUAUGUGUGGAAAUUCUUUCACCAAGAAGUCAAACCUUACUGUCCACCAGAGAACACACACUGGAAAGAAACCUUAUGAAUGUAACGUGUGUGGAAAGUCUUUCACCCAGAAGGAACACCUUUCUGUCCACCAGAGAACACACACUGGAAAGAAACCUUAUGAAUGUAACGUGUGUGGAAAGUCUUUCACCCAGAAGGCACACCUUACUGUCCACCAGAUAAUACACACAGGAAAGAAACCUUAUGAAUGUAACAUGUGUGAAAGGUCUUUUACCUGGAAGUCAAACCUUACUGUCCACCAGAGAACACACACAGGAAAGGAACCUUAUGAAUGUAACGUGUGUGGAAAGUCUUUCACCCAGAAGCUACACUUUACUAAGUCAAACCUUACUGUCCAACAGAGAACACACACAGGAAAGAAACCUUAUGUAUGUAACGUGUGUGGAAAGUCUUUCACCCAGAAGGUACACAUUACUGUCCAUUAGACAACACAUACAGGAGAGAAACCUUAUGAAUGUAACUUGUGUGGAAAGUCUUUCACCAAGAAGUCAUACCUUACAGUCCAUCAGAAAACACACACAGGAAAGAAACCUUAUGAAUGUCAUAUGUGUGGAAAUUAUUUCAGCCAAGAGCUACAAGUUACUGUCCACCAGGGAGCACACAGAGGAGAGAAAUUUUUUGAAUGUAAGCUUGUGGAAAGUCUUUCACCCAAAACAUACACCUUUCUAUCCGUAAAACACCCACCAGAGAGAAAUGUAUGUAGCAGGCAUGGAAAUUCUUUCACCUGGAAGGCACAACUUAACAUCCAUCACAGAACACAAGGAGAGAAAACUUAUGAAUGCAACCAGUGUGGAAAGACCUGGAGGUCACAGCUUAACACACAUAAGUUGAUUCACACAAAUGAAAUAACUUAG